GAACACUAAAGUGCGACAUUCAUUAUACAAAACUCUUGCAUUUUCUGUGCGUUGACAAAACGACAAUUUCCAUAUCGAACAAGCAUACACAAUCGAAGCAUCUCUUAUUCUAUGCCUUUUAAACCAUGGCCGACCUCGAAACCAUCCGCCGACAACUAUCCAACCAACUCUUUAUUGGUUUCGGUGACGAUGCGACAUCGAGCCCGACACGGGAUACACGGUCAACGACUGGAGAUGGUGGUGGAGCAUUUGGGGAUAAAUUCAAUGAACGACUCUUGUUGAAUGUCAAGGUGUCGGAGGAGGCCAAAGCGGAGGAAGGAAAGGGUAAAGCGACAAAAGGGAGGAAGGUGCGCUUUAUUUGUGUGACGGUCAAGAAGAAUAUGAAGAUCCGUAUACAUAAAGUCAAGCAAGGAAAAGGUGGUAAUUUCUCUAUUGGGAAAACGUGGAGUUUGGACGAUAUCAAAUCCAUCGAGUCGGCUGAAGACACUCAAGUGAUUGUCAACCUCGGCAAAACGUAUAAAUGGUACUUGGAUGACAUGCACAAAAAGUUGGAAUUCCUCUUUACGUUAGUCAAGUUAUGUAGAAAAUACCUCAAACGGCCGCCAAAAUUUAUUAAUGUCGAUGAAGAGUCCUUGAAAGCCCAGAUGCACUUGAAUGCCACGUAUUUGAGUGCGACAGAAAAAGAGUUUACGGCGACUUUUGCUACGAUGGCGCAGAGGCCUCGUGGGGUCGUGUUGGAAGAGGAGGAAGAGGAGGAAGAAGUCAUUGAAGAACUGGACCCCAUACCCAUCGAGCCUGAGGCUCCUUCCCUCGAUAUGGACGAAGUCCUUAACGACUUCAAUUGGGAAGCAAGUGGCGAUGCAGCUGCCUUGGAAGCCAGAUUAAUUUCUGAGCUCCACGCUCUAGAGGCGGCCAACGUACAUGCCAUCAUCUCAAGCGAAGAACAGGCAAACAAAGUCGUCAGCCAACUGGAUCAUGCUAUAUGGGAGCUGGAUCAGAUUGAUGAGUGGAUAUCCCGAUAUACCCAUCUGCUGGACAGCAUGGGACAAGAUGUGCAUCAGAUUGAGGUCCGACAUAAGGGAAUGCAGAUUGCUUCACACAACCAGAAACUGCUUUUAGCUGAAGUUGAGGCCGUACUGGGAAGUCUUCGCAUCCCGGCAUAUAUCGUAGAGAUUCUGCGCACGGAGCCUUUGGAUGACAAUGAAGGAAUCGCCCAAUGCGAAGAGGCGACCCGCAAGCUGAUGGAUGUGACACAAAGCAAGUUUGAGGAGGACGUGAACAAUUUGCAAGCUGUCAAAGAACAGAUUGCGCUUUUGAACGGUUACGGGAAUCAGUUUGCUACGAGGCUUCAUGAUCAUUUGAUUGCGUAUUUUCAGUCGCAGGCUGAGGCAUAUCUGCAGGAUAAGGGCCGAACCUCCAAGAAAGGGAGUCUGAAACUCUAUGGACAUGAGGCAAUCGAAGAGCGACUGUACCGCUUUUGCAGACUCUUGAAAUGGCUUAAAGAUGUUGACACCCGGAAGCACUUCAAUUUGCAGAUGGCAUACGUGCAAGAAAUGGGUCGUGUGUACAUUCGAGACAUUCACGAGUUUAUUGAACAAUUCAAGCUUCACCACAUGCAGCGGAAACUGGAAGCAGAAGGCCAAGAUUAUGCGUUCUCUGUGCCGACUGUAUCGGUCUCGUCUGCUGCCAGUAACGCCCUAAAGUCCGCGAUCAAAGGGUCGCAAAAUAAUCUCCUAUUUGCAAACAGUCCGACAUCUGAUCGACCUGGGCCGGCUGCCAGUAUGAAGCAAAAACUGGAUAGUUACAAAGGCGGUGGCCAUCGCCAAAAAAAGUCGCGAGACAGCGAUUCGUAUACCGAUUCGCUUAAAGAGGAAGACAGCGAUGAUGCGGCGAGUAUCAGGAGUCACCGACGAGGCGGGUCCGAGUCGAUGGGUCGGGCAUCUGGUAUCAUGAAUAGUCUCAUCAGUCUAGAAGUUGGGGCCGAUGAACGAAUGGCUCCUGAUGAGGCCCUAGGCCAUACCCUGUCACUCUUACUACCCGUGAUCGUUCGAGAGCAAAACUUUAUCACGGAUCUAUUCAGUUUACAUAAAGGAGCAAGAUUGGAUACGACGGGGUCAUCUGCCGACCUCGUGUCACCCGCUUCUGAGGCAUCCGACGAAGUGAUUCAAAACUGGCAGGAGCUCCUGAGUAGGCCUCGUGAACCCAUCAAAGAUCUAAAGCUCUCCAAGCGAAUACAAGAACUCGUUCAAGGCAUAUUUGACGAUGUCCGGGAGGAGAUCCUGCUUAUUCUCGAUGCGGGAUUGAAAGGGGAUCAGACAUUUGCAGUUGGGAUGAUGGUUCGAGUGGAAGAAUACACUGAGGAAUACAAAGAUACGUGUCACACGUAUAAUCUACUCUUGCUGGAAGAAAUCAACAAGAAGCUUGUUUCAAUGUUUGAGAGGUUUUUGGAGGAUCAAAUAAAGAGUAUUGAUGAAACAAAAGUAACGUCAAAGAAACGAAGCGGUAUCUUAUCUUUUAUCAGAACGUUUCCGAAAUUCGUUGACCGUGUUGAGAAAUGCCUAGGAGGGUCUACUGGUCCCGCACGACGAACAGUCAACCAGGCAUAUGCACGCAUCGUCAAGACUAUGCUCGAAACGCUUGACGCCAUGGCCCAGCAGGUCGCCAACGACACAAAAGCUGCUGCCGACGACAAGGAACAUUUGAACAUUCACAUCCUUCACGUCGAAAACAUGCAUCACUUCUAUUCGGAAGUCCGAGCACGAAAAGUACCCAGUCUGGACCCGUACGUGAAGCAAGCAAAAGCAACGUACGACGUUCACUUGGACGCCUAUUGUAAAGUGGUCAUAAGAAAGCCACUGGGAAAACUAUGGGACUUUUUUGAAGGCAUUGAAGGGCUGUUGAAGACAAAUACACCGGAAGAGGUGAAUUAUCACAUGCAAUUCAAUAAGUCUGCACUCAAGGAAGUGGUUCGAAAAUACCCCGGCAAAGAGAUCAAAAAAGGUCUCGAGUCCCUCUACAAACGGGUUGAAAAACAUUACACGGACGAGGAAGGUCUUUUGCAGGUGGUGUGGCGAGGUAUUCAAGAAGAAUUUACGAAGCGGUUUAGAAGAUACGGGGAGUUGAUCAUGAUUUGCUAUCCCGAAACUUCCACUCGAUUGGAAUUCACAAUGGACGAGUUGUUGGGUUACUUUUCAGAGCUGGCCAGGGCUCAUUGAUGUUGUAUUGAUGUGUUUAAAUAUUGGUUUAGAGUGUGCCAUUAUAUAUCACGGAAAUGAUGUG